GGGGGUCACAAAAAACAGCCGUUCCGUACGUCGACGCCAGAAGGAGGUCAAUCGACCCAUCUGCGGAGAGCUGAGGCAAAACCAACAUCACAACCACGCCAGGCUGCUUGUACUAGCGCGUUGGAUUAGCGCGUACUAAUCUGUCUGAAGAACGUGUUUUGUAAAUUCUAAAAAUCGAUUCGUCAUGUCGCUUCCCGGCCACCGUCGAUCAACCCGGAAGUACAUCCAGUGACCCUCCGUGUACGGUUUGUGACGUGAGUCGUUCUUGCCACUCAUGUGUUGUUAUUAACGGGACAACCCGACGCAUCGUGUGGGUCACAUCAGGAGAGUGGGUCGCACAGUGAAGAGCCGCCAUGUUCCUCACUCUGACCCUCCUGCGGAAGGGAGUUCCUGGAAAGCAGUGGAUCGGAAAGUACCGGCGGCCGCGGCCGGUCACGUGGCAGAUGAAACGGAACACGCUGAAGCACCUGGAGCGCGAGGCGGAGAACGAGUACUGGAUCAGCCGGCCAUACAUGACGGCGGAGCAGGAGCUGGGCCACGCUGCCGAGCGCCGAGCCCAGAGCUGGCAGAAGAUCAAGGAGAGCAAGUUCUGCAACUUUCCUGCACACAAGAGCGUCACGGAUCACCUGGCUCACCUCAACAUCAGCAAGAACUGGUCCAGCUGAUUCUGAGACGUUGCGUUUCUUUCAGGAGAGCAGGACCGUCUCCAGCUUCAGAGACUGGACCGCGCCGCGUUCAUUAUCAAAGCCACUGAAUAAAUCUGCUUGAGAAGGCGACUUUGUGUGGC